GCGCAUUGACGCCAUCUUGCCGUUCUGCACAGGAAGUACGUCACCUUCCUCUUCCGCCGCGUCUCCGGCGCCUGAAACACGAGUGUUCAUCUUUUCUCUCUUUACGCGAGGCGCAGCCAAUAUACUGGACCGAUUGGCGACACUUAGGUUACAACAAUGAAACCCAUCCUGCUCCAGGGCCAUGAGAGGUCCAUCACUCAAAUCAAAUACAACAGAGAGGGAGACCUGCUCUUCUCUGUAGCGAAAGACACGGUCACCAACGUGUGGUACUCUGUCAAUGGCGAGAGGCUUGGCACCUACAAUGGGCACACAGGAGCUGUGUGGUGUGUUGACUGUGACUGGGACACUAAAAACGUAUUGACGGGAUCAGCAGACAACAGCUGUCGACUGUGGGACUGCGAGACCGGUAAACAGCUGGCCCUGCUCAACACUAACUCUGCUGUCAGAACGUGCGGCUUCGACUUCAGCGGCAACAUCAUCAUGUUCUCCACAGACAAGCAGAUGGGCUACCAGUGCUUCCUGAACUUCUUUGACCUGCGGGACCCACAGCAGAUUGAAGACAACCAGCCCUACCUGUCGUUACCUUGCAACGACCACAAGAUUACCAGUGCCGUGUGGGGACCUCUGGGAGAGUUCGUCAUCUCUGGCCAUGAGAACGGAGAGUUCAACCAGUUCAGCGCCAAGUCUGGAGAGAUCCUGAAGACGGCCAAGGAGCACAGCAAGCAGAUCAAUGACAUCCAGACAUCAGUGGAUCUCACUAUGUUCAUCAGCGCCUCCAAGGACAACACUGCCAAGCUGUUUGACUCCGCUACUCUGGAUCACAUCAAGUCUUUCAAGACAGAGAGACCCGUUAACUCGGCUGCCAUCUCCCCCAUUAUGGAUCAUGUGGUGAUGGGAGGUGGACAGGAGGCCAUGGAGGUCACAACUACCUCCACCAGGAUCGGCAAGUUUGAGGCCAGGUUCUUCCACGCUGCCUAUGAAGAGGAGUUCGGCAGGGUCAAAGGUCAUUUCGGCCCCAUCAACUGUGUGGCAUUCCACCCUGAUGGCAAGAGUUACAGCAGUGGAGGAGAAGACGGAUACGUAAGGAUUCAUUACUUUGACUCGCAGUACUUUGACUUUGAACUGGAGGCAUAAAGUCGGGCUCCACGGACACACAGCUUCAGCUAACAUCGCACUGAAGUGCAUUUACAGUGUAACCACCUCGCCCGACCCCCUUCAUCUGAUCUGUAAUCAUAACACGGUGGAGAGGUGACUGCGUCAGUGACAGGAGGGUCUCUGGUGGCUUUUUAAAAGUCAUUUUUCUAACAUUAUUUGGAAACUGUUGGUGGAUCAGAAGUCAUUUGUUCCCUGGAUCUGGAGCUCUUGUGACUGGACUGCUCCACACGCCCAAAUCUGAUUCUACACACAAGUAGAAUUUGAGUUGAUAUUUUCCUGUUGUAAACCAUUCCACCACAAGUCUCAAUAAAAUUACUGAAUUCA